CUCUUUGUUACAGACUCCGCCUCCCUCACGCGAACGCGCCUUAAGCCGAAUUAGAAAAUCCUGGGUUAACAAAGCUUGUCCAUGUACCGCCCGGUGACAACGGACGUUCCUUCUCGGUUCUGUUUCCAGGGCAGCUGUUGCCAUCGUGACUGGUCUCGGAGCUGACGUUCGCGCCGACCCGGCUCGGUUUCGCCCCGAUUCUCUCUCCUGCCGCGGGUUACGUUUCGAUUACUAAAUCUAGCAUUGAAACAUCUCGGAUAAGUGCGCGCGCUCGCUCCGCCGCGCAGGGGAGAGCAGUCGCGCAUCGAGAGCCAGAACACAAUGAUGAUGAUGAUGAUGAACGCGGACAGAGAUUUCCAGAUGAUUAAAAAACAGGAGCGGGCCCAUUUCUUCAGCUCCAAGGAGCAAGAACUUAUAUUGAAGUUGUAUGAAGAAGAGCGAGAGAUCCUAACAGCCAAAUCCAACACAACCAGCGCCUCUAAACAGAGAGAGGAGGCCUGGCAGAGGAUUGCUGAUAAGAUAAAUGUGGUUUCGGACAGCGGCUACAAAAGGACGUGGCAGCAAGUCAAAGUCAAACACAAAAACAUCAUCCAAACAGCAAAAAGGAAAAGGACUGAGGUGCUGAGGCCCGAGGGAGGCUCGGACACCCGCUCCAUGACCUCAGCAGACGAGGAUGCGGCGCAGAGCAGAGAAAACACGCUGAGGGUGGAGGUCCUACCCGGAGCCACCUGCCUCGGCCCGAUCAGUGGAUCCGACAGCUCUUUUAUGAGCGUGUCAGGCCAUCCGGUCCUCCUCCUGCCGGUUACGAAGACGGAACCAGAGAGCCUGAGCGGCGACGAGACGGACAUCAGCGAGGCCCGCUUUGACGGGGAUGCGCAGAACAGCAGUUUUCAGGAGGUCGGCGGCUCGGCAGGGGCCACGGGCGGGACUAGAUGUGCUAAGAAGCAGACAGAUGAACUGAGAACCCUUUACUGCUGUUACCUCAAAAAGGAGAUAGAGAAUCGGGACCAAGAGAUGGCCUACAGAGCACUUAAAAUGAAGAAGCUGGAAAAGGAAAUCCUGUUACUUGAUAAGCAGCUGAUGUGAUUGUAAAAAAUAUUGCAUUAUUACUGUAAUAAGUUAAUUAUAUGCCGGUAACUUGACAGAGCACAGGUCAGUCAGCAGGUUUGAACUGCUCUCAUCAGUUGUCGCAACGCUUGUAUCAGAACAAUCCCAAAACAUGAGCAAUCUCUGCUGCUGCUUUGGGCCCCUAGGCCAGCAGGGGGCCUCCAAGGUCUCCUGGGAUCACAUACAAGCUGUAGAUCUCAAAACCCUCACAUUUGUAGUGAAGUUUCAAUACAAAAGCUUUUCCUAUAGCGUGAAAAUGGUGAAUUUAACAAGGUUAAUAAAAUAGCUUAGUGGUAAGUUAGGGACCGUAUCCAUUUCUGAGAGUGAUUUUUCACAUUUGAGAAGAAUAAGCGUAGUCUGCAACAAAAACUAGAGCCUCCCUUUCCCACUGCUGCACCGAGUUUACCAGCUUUCAUGGCGUUCGCCGGCCCAGUUGUUCCAGCAACAGCAGUGGUGAAACAGAUGUAGUUUGACCAAAAUAUGUGGCAAACAUAGGGACUUUUUUGCUGAUUAGAAAUUUUAGGGGGCAAUCUUAUGACAUAAAAUAAUAUAACAGCAAAGGCAUUUAAUAUCGGGUUGCAGCUCACAAGACAGUUGUCAUUUCUCUUUCCUUUUUUUACAUUAUUUUUAAUACAUUCGGACCACGUGGAUUGAGGUCAGAUACUGUUGUUGGUUUUGUUUCAUUUUCAUCUGUUGUAUAGUGUGGACCUCGCUUUACUGUACAAAAACAUCUCUAAUUGGGUAUAAAGUGAUAUGUUGAGACAUUCAGAUUUGUUUUUACCUUUUAAAAAACAUUGUUAUUACGCUGUAUGUUGAUCAUUUUUCUUCUUUCAAAUCAUAAUUUUGAAUCACUUAAAUCCUUCAAACAUGCAUUCAUUCAUAUUUAAUUUACAUGUAAUAUAUUGUAUAAGUACAAUUGUAUUUAUUUCUUUUUUAAUGUCAUCAUUUUUGUAUGCACUUACUAAAACUCUAAUUUGUUGUAAAAAAAUAAAUAAAAAAUGUUUGUUAAA